AUGGCAAAUGGUGGUAAUGGUCUUACUAAGGGUGAAAAUUUAAAGCAUGCAGAUUUAAACACAGUAUAUCAUUGGGUGUUAAAUGCGUGGAAUGAUAUCUCUCAUGAUAUUAUUAUUCAGGCAUUUAAAAAAUGUAGUAUUUCUAAUUGUUUAUCGGGAAGUGAGGAUCAUUUAAUUUACGAAGAUGAUAAUAAGAAUUCAGACAAUGCUGAUGAACAUGAACGAUCAUUGGAUUUAAAAACAUCAAAGACUAAACCAAGUAAUAUAUCUGCAUUAAGAAACUGCAGGAAAACUGAUUGCAUAUUGAAUAAAGCUAAAAUCAUUAUCAAUAAUAAUGUAGUUAUUUUUAAUAAUACAAUAAAUACUAUAUUUUUAAGCUUUGAAAUACCAUAG